AUGGGAGUCGCUUGCCCCGAGGACUCGGGCUUCUCGCUUUCCAGGAACCUCUCGCUCUGGUGGACCGAGGAGACCGAAUAUGUGCUACAACGCCUCGAGCGCUGGGCCGCCUACGCUCGGGGCUACAACCGGCUGCGCUCGACGAAGCUUUCGCCGUCCGGGCGUACGACCACGGAGACGCCCUCGGAGCGAGCGCGCCUCGUUUACUGCAGCCUCGACUACAAGUCGAACGGUAAUGUGGACGGCCGGUGCCUUGAGACCUACAGUCUCGACCACAGCAUUUACUUCAAGACCGUAGGCGAGAUUCGAAAUCAGGCGGGCGCUACAACGACGACGACGAGAAGGAGGAGGAGGCCAAGCGCGCGACUCGAUUGCGGUGAUUUCCUCGCUUCGGAUUUUGACGACGAUGACGACGACGAUGUCAACAACUACGACGACGAUAACAAC